AUGGAAGCUACCGUUAAGGAGCCUACCGAGGCUACCCAAUUCUUUACCGACGCACUUGCCGAUGUGCCUUAUGAUGAAGACCCCCACAAGGCUCUCUUGGGCCUUGACGAAUGGGAGGUACCCGAGUCAUUUUACCACGAAGAUGGUUCCUGCAUUUCUAUCUGGGAACUUGCUCAUGCCAAUGGAUAUCGCUUCGAAGGAGACCCCGAUGAGGCUCCUGGCUCGACUUUUGACAAGGCUUUUGUGGAAUUCGGUGUAGACCCCGUCCUUGGCCCAGUGACCCUGGAUCACCUGGAGCUUGACCCUGAAUCAUCUACUCCCGUCAUGAUUGAUGAUGUGGCUCCACCCAGCACUUGCGCCAACCAGCAGGGCACAGUCUAUCCGCUGGAUACCCUCAACUCUCUCGAAAACGCCGACUUGGGUCCUCCCACGGCAGUGGUUCGACUUACUCCCGCCACUGAUGCUCCAGCCACCAAAAAUGCUCAGGUCAUCAUUGACACGGCCAUUAAAGUCGCCCCUGUCACUACUGCUCUAGUCGCUCCAGUCAAUGAACGCGCUUCGGUCACUAUUGACCCAGCUGUUCAAGCCACUCCCGCCACCGCUGCCCCGGUCACACAAGCGACCCCUUUAAUCAAGUACAUUACCCAUGUCGUUCCAGUCACCAACAUUACUUCCGUCUCCCAAUGUGCUCCAGGUAUCGUUGGUCCAGCGGCCCAAGUCACUCCUGCCACCUCCGACUCAGCAAUUGGAACGGUCAGGGUUUUUGACUUGCCACAAGGCAAAUCGCGCCCUCAGCCUGCUAAGCGACCACCCAAGCAGAAAGCCAAGCGGGUCUCCAAGAACAAGCAAGAUGACGAGCUGCCCAAAAAACAGAAGAAGACAAAGGCGCAAAGCACUCCACGCAAGGUGAAGGGAAAGACGACCGUUGCUCCAAUCACCCCACCUCAGAAGAUUGCGCUUGCCCCAAUGACUCCUGUCCCUGCCUCGAUGCCCCCAGUGACAGGGACCACUCGCAAAACAAUGCCCUUUUAUAGCCAACAACAGCAUCUUCAAAUCCAAGAGCUUCUUCGAAAUCAAGAGCAGUAUCUUCGUACUGAGUGGAACCAGCUUCAACAACAGUCAGGUCAUCUGAAACGACAGCAGCCCAGAGAUCAACAGCAGCUCCAGAUUCACCAGCAGCAGUGUCAGCUCCACCAGCAGCAGAUGAAACUGUGCCAUCAAAAGAUCAUGCAGCACAAACAGAAAGUCCGUCAAUACCGGUAUCAGCAACAGCAACAGUAUGAAAUGCAACAGCAACAGAAAUCUCAAAUUCCAGCGGCUGUGCGAGUUCAGCAGCCCACCCAACAAGCGCAAGCUGUUUAUCCCACGCCUCCGAAGGAGCGCAUGCAGUCUGUGAUGCAACAAACUCAGCAAUUCCAAGCCGCAGCGGCUCAGCAAAUUCAGCAGCCCACUCAACAAAUGCAGGCAGUUUAUCCCACUCCUUCCAAGGAGCAUUUACAGUCUAUGAUGCAACAUACCCAGCAAUUCCAAGCCACGCAGGCAGUUGAUUACACUCUUUCUAAGGAACGCAUGCAGUCUAUGAUGCAACAAACCAAACAGCUUCAAGCUUCAGCGGCCCACCAAGUUCAGCAGCCCGCUCCACAAGCGCAAGCUGUUUAUCCCACGCCUCCGAAGGAGCGCAUACAGUCUGUGAUGCAACAAACCCAGCAAUUCCAAGCCGCAGCGGCUCGGCAAGUUCAGCAGCCCAUCCAAUCAAUGCAGGGAGUUUAUUUCACCCCUGCCAAGGACCGUACGCAGUCUGUUUCUUCCCUGUCUGCCGCUUCGCCCAGCAAGAGAACUUUCCAGUUUGUGGAGAACAUCGUGCCUCCCAAUUUCGUGGCCAACCCAAACAAUCAUGCCCGAUGGGGUGUUGGCCCUAAUGGCGACCGAUCCUACAUGAACGGACCCCAGGCAAAGAAACCACGAAUCUCUCGAAAGUAA